UGAAGAUGAUGCUGCUAAUGAUAUUUAUGCUACCUUUUGUCAGAGGCCAAAAACUGAUUGAUUUGAGUUAUCCAUAUGAUGAAAACUCUGCAUAUUGGAAUACUACUGGAAUACCUUUCAGGUUUAUUAAAAAAACAGCUAAUUUUGAUCGAGGAUAUUGGAUUGCAUCAAAUCAGUUUGAGACCGCGGAACAUUGUGGAACUCAUCUUGAUGCUCCCUCCCAUUACAAUCAAUCAGGAUGGAAAUUGAAUGAAAUACCUUUAAACAGAUUAAUAGCAAGAGGUGUUUUCUUGAAUGCUUCUUUGGAGACUAAUGGAAAUUGUUCUUUUAAGUUAUCAACUAAGGAGCUGCAAAAGUGGGAGUGUCAGAAUGGACCAUUUCCAAGUAAUUCUGUCCUGCUCAUUAGCUUUGGUUGGGCAUCAAGAUAUAACAAUAAAACAGAAUAUUUCGGACCAUCUGAUAAAAUUUGUUUCCCUGGUUUAUCAAAAGAGGCUUCGGAAUGGAUAACCAAGUCUAAAAAGUUUGUAGGCGUAGGUGUCGACACCCCCUCAUUAGAUCAAGGAUUAAAUGCUGAUGCACAUAUUGAAUUGACUUCAAAAAAUUUAUAUAUAUUAGAAAAUGUAGCUUUAAUACACCCUUUACCUAAGAGGAAUUUCAAGCUUAUUUCUUUUCCAAUGAAGAUAAAGAAUGGAACUGGAGGCCCUUGCAGAGUAGUGGCCAUUACCUGAUUUAAUUUUAUUCAUUUUCUUCUUUUAUAA